AUGGGUCAAAUACUUUCACAACCAGUUACUGAAAAAAUAUCGGAACAUGGUAUCGACAAACAUUUAGCAUACGGUAUAUCGUGUAUGCAAGGAUGGAGAGUAAAUAUGGAAGAUGCACACGCUACGAUAUUGAACUUGUAUGACUUGAAAAAUGAGGGAAAAGGAGCAGUUUCAGACAAGGCACAAGAUAAUUCAUCUUCUGGUAAGAGUGGUACCGACAAUGACACGACUGAAGAACAUACUUCGUUUUUCGGUGUCUACGAUGGGCACGGGGGUGAAAAGGUAGCUAUUUUUACGGGACAGCAUUUGCAUGAGAUAAUCAAGUCGACAAAGGCAUUCCAAGAGAAAGAUUACGUCAAUGCAUUCAAAGAAGGUUUUUUAAAUUGUGACCAAGCUAUUUUAAAUGAUGAUGAAAUGAAAGAAGACGACAGUGGAUGUGCUGCUGUUUCUGUUAUCAUUACACCAAGACAAGUCAUAUGUGGUAAUGCCGGUGAUUCGCGAAGUAUUAUGUCGAUUAAUGGGUUUGCUAAGGCAUUGUCUUAUGAUCAUAAGCCAUCUAACGAAGGUGAGAAGAGCCGUAUUUGUUCGGCUGGUGGUUAUGUUGACAUGGGUAGAGUCAAUGGUAACUUAGCUUUAUCGCGUGGUAUUGGUGAUUUUGAAUUUAAGAAGAAUAUUGAUUUACCACCUGAAGAACAGACAGUCACAUGUUACCCAGAUGUUAUACAGCACAACUUGGAUUUCACUAAGGAUGAGUUCGUCGUGUUAGCAUGUGACGGUAUUUGGGAUUGUCUUUCGUCUCAACAGUGUAUUGAAUGUGUUAGUAGAGGCCUUUAUGAACGUAAACCUUUGCAAGAUAUUUGUGAAGAGAUCAUGGAAUUAUGUUGUGCACCAACAAGUGAUGGUUCUGGUAUCGGAUGUGAUAAUAUGUCUAUGUCUAUUGUUGCUUUAUUAGAUGAAUCAAGGAAUGAAUCAUUGGACCAAUGGUAUGACAGGGUCAUCAAGAGAAUUGAACUUUCUCAAUCGGAAGAUGAAGAAAGUCAAUUCUAUGGUAAUAUCUCUGGUGAAUACAAUGAUAUGUAUAAGCAAAUGUAUGGUGAAUAUUUUGAAAUUGGUCAACAAUCCCAGAAUUCUAACACCAAGAGUGCUGGCAACAAUUCAAGUUACUACUCUAUGUUUGGCGGAUUGCCAGGUUUACGUAAUGGCCCAGGACUCAACCAAAAUGAAGACGAAGAAGAGAAUGAACUUUCUAACGAGCCUACUGAAGAAAUUCAGGAAGACGGCACUGCGGCUGACUUGGCUGGUAACGGAGCUAUCUCCUUGCAGAAAUUAUUGGCCAGUAAUGCGAUUACGAACGAAAAUGGUGUUAUCUAUUUAGACACAUCUUCUGCGCAAUCACUUUUAGCCCAUUUUGGUAUGUCUGGUGAAGACGAUGAAUACGAAGGAAAUGAUGUUCACGACAAACAUAUUGAGGAGGAAGAAGUCGAGGAGGACGAUGAUCAAGAGUCUAAAUCCAAGAUCGAAGAGGAGCCACAAGAUGAUGAAGAAUAA